AUGGUAAAUCACUCGAACGACAAGGCUUCGCAGCCUAUUGGAUCAUCUUUCACCCACUCAACCUGGCAAUCGCAAUCAAAUGACAUAUGGGGAAAUGGCAUUGGCGGUUCGUUGAAUUCACGCCGGGAUGUGACAGGCGCAAGAGAAUCAGAUGAAUUUUCGCCCGGCGCCGCCUCUGGUUCUGGACAACUAAACCCACACUCUGAAACCGUCCGCUGGAAAGUUCAUCCCAGCAUAUGGAACCAGGCAAGUGGCACACAUCAGGGUCAAUCGUCUUCUGGAAGUAUUUCUCCAACACGCACGAGAGACAGUCUUCAACACAGCUUCUCCGAAGCUCCAAGCAACCCCCUUCUCUAUCCGCUCCGAGCGCCGGGAGGCCAGAACGGGUCGGCUCCGACCAGAACAUUACCACCUGGCCCUACAGAUCACUCAGCGCGAUCUUUGAAGUACGCCACGAGCUUUGGAGACUCGGUUGGCGAUGAGAGGGCGAAAUGUAACAGAUAUGCGUCAAACACCAACGGACAACUAGAUUUUGAAACUACUAGGGCAUAUCGGCAUAAUUCGAAUGAUCCGUCAUUCCUCAACCUUGGGCAUAAUCGAACGCUCAGCUCACGGCAGCCCGAAUCCGAUGUACAGACCUCCCAUCGUUACAGUGAUAGCUCCCACUACUUUUCAAAGGCCCCUGGCCAUUCUAAAAACCAACCCCAGCGACCUUCUAUUUCUGGACCUUCAGUCGCAUUGCCAUCGGAAACAAGUCGACCUAUCCCUUUUCCUUACGGGACAGUGGGAGGAGUAGAUACUCCUAAUCAUGACCUUGAAGAGACUCUCAACCGAGUUACCUUGGAGGAUAGCUCCGACGCCGUCACGGGCAAUUAUAGCGGGCAAUACAAUCCCGCAAGCCAGCAUUUCCAAUUGAACCCGGGAUCUCAGGCCUGGCAGCACGAUCUGGGGAAUAAUUCGAGGCCAUUCGGCCAGAAUUUACAGGAGUCUUGGGCGGACCCCCUUACUACUUCAUUCUAUACCGCCAGGAGGGGCCCAGGCGAAAGAGGAUCAUCUACCGAAAGACCAACCUAUCGUCCUAGCGUCAAUAGUCCGAGGGUUCUAUCAGGCACCCCAAACCCGGGGGCUGUCACAUGGAACAGACCAGCUUCGCGGGACUCGAGGGCUCUUCAAGAUCUCGAGCGAACAUCCCAGGGCUCCCAAUACGUACACCAGCAACCCUCAUUUCAACCACCUUAUUACGGUAACAACAUCUCUCAGUUCUCACCCCCUUUCGACCAAUAUGGAGAGCACCUAGGUUUCCGUCCUCACAUGCAGGUUGCGCCAUAUAGCUUACAAUUGAACUUCUCCAACGUUUCAGUUCCAGUGAGACCCAGCAGGGACCACCAGGAUCUUGGCAAAGGUGUUCGUAGCAUACUGCUUGAAGAAUUUCGGGCCAACUCUAAGGCUAACAAGCGCUACGAACUGAAGGAUAUCUAUAACCAUAUCGUCGAGUUUAGCGGCGACCAGCAUGGCUCGCGGUUUAUACAGGAAAAACUUCAGACUGCAAACAGCGAUGAGAAAGAGCGAGUAUUUCAAGAAAUCGAGCCCAAUACACUUCAACUCAUGAAGGACGUCUUCGGCAACUACGUCAUACAGAAAUUUUUCGAGCACGGAAACCAAGUCCAGAAGAAGAUAAUUGCAGGACAUAUGAAGGGGAAGGUCGCAGAGCUUUCGACUCAGAUGUAUGCAUGCCGUGUUGUACAGAAGGCGCUUGAACACGUGCUUGUCGAACAGCAGCGCGAGAUCGUGGAAGAACUUAAACCUGACAUUAUGCGGAUCGUCAAAGACCAGAAUGGGAAUCAUGUGAUUCAAAAAAUCAUCCAGAUGGCCCCGCUCCAAUGCAUUCCUUUCAUUAUGGAUGCUUUCCAAAACCAAAUUGAAUCCUUAGCAUCCCACAACUACGGGUGCAGGGUCAUCCAGCGAAUCCUCGAGUGGGGGACCGAAGCGGAGAAGACAAGUCUCAUGACAGAUCUCCAUGCUUGCGCGGCUAAGCUCAUAACGGACCAGUACGGAAAUUAUGUUACCCAACAUAUCAUCGCCCGGGGCGAACCGGAAGAUCGGCAGAAGAUAAUUCAAUUGGUGCUUCAAAGGUUGAUAACAUUCUCGAAGCACAAAUUCGCAUCGAAUGUGGUUGAGAAGUCGAUUGAGUACGGGACGACGGAGGAUCGAAGGGCGAUCAGGGACCAAAUUACAGCUCCGCACAGUGACGGUACUAGCCCGCUCCAGCCCAUGAUGAAGGACCAGUUUGGGAACUACGUGAUCCAGAAACUCAUGUCUCACUUGGAAGGUCCGGACCUCGAGUCGUUUAAAGAGGAGAUGCGGCCCCACUUUACGAACUUGAAGAAGUACAGCACCGGGCGACAAAAUACUGCUCUUGAUAGGCUGAUGUCGGCAAGCUCGGCCGUUACCAGCCCCACUACGCCGAAUCUAUUAGUCGAUGUCAAUUCAGCUGCGCCUACUCCGUCGCUCACCAUGGAGCAGAAUAGUCCGCAGAGUAGCAGCCCGCCUAGUACCAAUGCGAGCGUAGAGGAGUCUAUGGAUGAGAAGAAUAGCAAGACCUCGACCCUCAAAAAAGAUUGCGGGCCAGUUGAGGUUAACGAACCGUAA